GCCACGUGACAGGGUCCGCGGCCGGGGCGGCCGGGGCGAUGCCCGGCGGGAAGCGUAAGAGACUUUGGAAUGCAGAAUGCACACCCUUCCCAGAUGAGACGCCCCUAUGUCCGAAAAAAUCAAAUGUCAGGACAUCACUGGCCGCUACUUCGAUUUCCAAUGCGUGGCUUAGGUGUGGGGAUGGUUUUCAGAGCACUUCAAUGCUGGAGCACCAGAGACCUACUAAUAAGAAAUCCAGGAUUAAGAAGCAUCUUGGACCACUGUUAACAUCUGCUGAAAGUGCAGCAAAGGCUGGUGCUGCUGCUGAAAACUCUAGGGAAGCUGAGGACAUAAUAUGGACCUCUAGUGGCAGUGAUUUUUCAGACAAUGAAAAUAAAACAUUGAUUCCAAGGUUGCACAGCAAAAAAAAUCACGCUUCCAAAACAGAGGAAUCGCCUAGCAGACAUGAUUUAUUGUUGGAGGACAAAAGCAGUGAAGAUGAAUUGGAGUUCAUCGACUGGGAGAACGAUAGUGAUUCUACCAAUAAGUGCGAUGGAUCAGAAAAAGAUGACAGCUUACUAGAGAUAUCAGACUCGGACUCUUGCACAAAUAUUAAUUCCCUGCCUGUUAGAGAAGAGAAUGAUGAGCUUUGUAAGACAACUUCGACAGAAAUAUCUGAGUAUUCAUCCGAUAACGACAGCGUGGGAGAAGGAGAAACGAGCCUGGCGACCCCUACUCCGGGAUCCACUAAGAGGUUACAGCCGAGGUCGGGAGCGGACACGGGGGAUGCUACAGCCCGACCAGCCAGCGAGUGGCUGAGGUCUGCGCAGGCCCUUCUCCGCACCCCCGGGAAGCAGGCGGGCAAGGCUUCCCGAGGCCCGUCCGAGUCUGCCAAAAAGAGGAAGCUACUGAGGGGUGGGCUAGCUGAGAGGUUAUGUCGGCUGCAGAACAGAGAAAGAUCUGCCAUUAGCUUUUGGAGGCACCAGUGUAUUUCAGAUGCAAAAAUCCCCUCAGAUAAAUCUGGUGUCUUAAUUGUGAAGAUCUUAGAAAUAUUUGAGGAGUGUACAAUACAAGUUGCCAUCUGCCAGCAGCUGGAAGAGUCUCCUGCUACGCUUUCACCCGAGGAUGCUGUCAUCAGUGCAGAAGAACCGAUACUCAAAGUCCUCUUUACGAGAGAGACAGCAGCUCACCUCAAGAGCGGACCACAGGAUGUCAUCCACAUCUAUCCCCCAUGGCAAAAAUUGGUUCUCAGAAAUGCAGAUGUUCCUGUUAUCAUGAAUACCUACUUCAGUCAGAAGGUGCUACUCAGUGAAUAUUCAGAAGCCAGAGAGAAGACAUGUGGUCUUACAAAGAUGCUUAUCAGGAAGAAUAUUAUAUCUUUGGCACAGACCUUCAGACUAGAUGACCUUGGUGAUGAGUUACACCAGGAAUCUUCAGAUAAUCGGGUUGCUUGUGCUCCACAAAUCCAUAACAACUGUGAUUUGAAACGGCAUCCCUUAGCACGGAGUGCUGUUAAUGAUUCUCUACUUGAAAUGGUGGAAAGCCAGGGAGCAGUGGGAUGGAGAGAAGCAGAGGUACAAGUUGUUAUCCAGAGGGUGUACUGUUUGCCUGCAAGACAAGGUUACAGAAGCCACAUUCAAGGAAACAAGCCUCUUUGUGCAACACCCGUCAUGAAUACAGAUCCACCAAAUGUUAGGUUAUGCCUCCUUGUCCAGGAUGCCUAUGGCAUGUUCAGUGAAGUGCAGCUGCAGUCCCUGAGUUCCACAGAUGACAUUGAACAGUACUGCAGGAGGUGGGAAGGAAAAUUCUGCUGCUUAGCUGGAAUGAAAAUUUUACAGAGAACCACAAGAGGAAGGGCAUUAGGACUUUUUAGUCUGAUAGACAGUCUGUGGCCUCCAGUAGUGCCUGUAAAAGUUCCCGGACAAAGUCAAGACGCUGAAAUGAUGACAACUAAUCUUCCUCCUCCCAGCUUCUGUUAUAUUCUUACUGUUCAGUCUGGUGAAGUACAUGUGGAAGUGGAUGAGGAAGAACAGAUUUCUAAUUUGUACCAGCCACCAGCUGUUCAUGGUCUAAAGGAAAUUCUUCGGAUCGAUGGUUCUAACAAGCGUUGUAGCUUUGGGGCGCAAGUGCUCUAUCUAAGGCUGCAGACAAAACACAGUGUUCCUGUAAAUCAAAGAGAGAUUUUGUUGUUUGUGACUGACUCCACAUUGCAAGAUGCGGUUCAUGUGAUUCCAAAAGUUGUUGCUGUGGCAGUCACUGCAUCAUGUGUUCUCAGUACGGAAAUCACAGAAGCCCUCAGUGUUGCCUCGCGACUUGUCUUCUUCAAGGAUGCACUGUGGGGAAAUGGUAGGAUUAUUUGUGUUGAACGUACUGUUCUCUUAUUACAAAAGCCUCUUUUGUGCUCGGCUGCCGGUGCUGACCUCAGUGAGCUGACUGGCCCUGUCAGACUCGAUGAGCUGGAUUCUACAACACAGGCCAACUCCAUUUGUGCUCUAAGAGAUGGAAGAAUGACAAAAGGAGAAACUAAUCCUACAACUUUGUCUUGUUUAAUCUGGAAUUUUUGCAGUUAUCACUAUGUUCCCACACCUGGAUACCAACAUAGAAUAUAAAGUAUCUUCUUUAUACCUAUGCUACUGCAAUAUAUAUAGACAAUAACCCUCACUUUUAUGUGUAACUGGAAUAACUUAAUAGCAUUUAAGAGAUAUUGUCACUGUUUUGGAUUUCAAUUAGUUAGUGCCUACAUUUUCCUGAUGAAGUAGUGAAACUAAUAGCAUUAGUUUCCCUAAUUAGCAUUAGCACCCUACUUUUCUGGUGGGAGAUUAUGCAUUUGAGGGGGUAAUGCAUGGAGGAAAAUGUAUCAUCUCUAAAAUUCAGUCACUGUCCCUGUCUGUUAACUCAGAGAGUUGUUAAUCUGGCUUUCAAUGCGAAGUAGUCUUACUUCAUUCACUGUUUUCCUUUGUGCGUCCUUUUACUUCCUGUACUUUCGGUCACCUACAUGUGCUGUACAUAGGCAUCCUCCCACCUAACACUUAAAGAAGCUGCACAGGCUUUACUCUACCCCUUCUUGAAGGAGUGUGCUUUCCUGUUCCUUUGAAAGGAACCUCUGAAGUUCCUCCAGUUCAAGCUCCUGCUUAAAUCUGGGCCCUGAGAAACUUGGUACAACUCUGGACUGGAUGAAACUUAAGAGGUUCCUCCCCCAUCAAAUGUUGCAGAUCCAAUGGGUUUGUCAGAAAUCCUUGUUUCGGGGAAGUCCAGUCAUACCAGCUCUGGGAUGGAAUGUGUUGCUCUUCAACAGAUGAGUAAAAACCUGUGAUUGUUUUCUAAUAAAAAGUUUAUUCUUCUUUGCAAGAUGAAUCUGUGGUUUUCAUCUGUGAGCUCAGGGUUAAUAGAUUUAUUUUCUUAUCACUGUGCAUCGGAAUGUAAUUUCCAACCUCUUUUUUUUCUGUAUAGUAGCAGUCAGGCUGACUUAAAUGUUGGCAGUUCAUACUGCACAAAAUUGUUUUUCCUCUUAAUCAUGCUUAUGAGCAAAUUCUAGUUAGUCCAUACCACAUAUGAUAUGUGGGAAUAUUAUUUGAUUAAUGACAUUUACCUAGUAUAUGACUCACCACCAGUGAUUGAAUUUUGACGUUGGAUAUUUUCAUAUUUAAGUCUUUACUCAGGGGUGUGGUUUUUUCAGUUUUCCUCUUAAUAUACCUAGGUUUCUCUUUUUGAUGGAACUUUUCCCCUUCCUGUUCCAUUGACCUGGGUAACUGAUUGGGAAAAAAACACUCAAAACCAAAUACAUUGAUUUUUGAAUGUUUCGACCAGAGUGUUACUUUGCAUUCCACACGAGAGACCUGUUUUGUCAGGUAUUGUCCUGUUCUCAGUCUCUUCUUAAUGAUGUCAGCCACAACCCGUAAAAAUAGCAAAUGGGUGAAAAUCUCAUUUUGGCUGUGUGCAUCUCCAUUUAAAAGAAGGAUCUUGGGAAAAUAUACAAAAGGUUUGUGAGUCUUGACAAAGAUGUGCAGCAAUUCAGUAGCUUAAACUUGAGAAAUCACUUUGCAUACAGGAUACCCAAGACUGUCACUAGAUUAUUAUGCGUGUUGCUGGUUUGAGUUGGUCUGUCUUCAGUGAUCUCUGGUGGUUUUGUCAAGGGAACUCUACAUUGUCAUCAAAAUAAACCACUGUACAGUUUGUAUCACUAUGAUCCUGAUUUAUUUUCUUCAAGUGUACUUGCAUUACUUGUGCAUUGGCAUCCUGCAGUUGCAGUAUGGCACACAGUUGGGGGAAAGCAAAAAGACUUAGAAACACAUCUGUCAGAAAAGGGGACUUGUUUUUAAAAUGAUUUUUUAAUUAAGAAGGUAACAUAUUCAGCAAACCAGUUAGUAGCUUUUCUUUUUGAUGAACAAGAAUCAUAGAAUCAUGGAACCACUUAGAUUGAAAAGGAUAUUUAAGAUCAAGUCCAACCAUUAACCCAUUACUGCCGAAUCAAGCACUUAAACCGUGCCCCCAAGUGUCACAUCUGCACGUCUUUUAAAUAUCUCCAGAGGUGGUGACUCCAUCACUUCCCUGGGCAGCUGUUCCAUUGCUUGACCACCCUUUCAGUGAAGAAAUUCUUCCUAACAGCCAAUCUAAACCUCCUGUGGCACAGCCAUUCCCUCUCAUCCUGUCACUUGUUACCUGGAAGAAGAGGUUGACCCCCUGCCUGGCAAGAACCUCCUUUCAGGCAGUUGUAAAGAGCAAGAAGGUCCCCCUGAGCCUCCUUUUCUCCAGGCUAAAACAACCCUAGCUUCCCUUCACCAGCUUCAUUGCCCUUCUCUGGACACUCUCCAGCACCUCAAUGUCCCUCUUGUAGUGAGGGGCCCAAAACUGAACAUGGUACUCAAGGUGCAGCCCCAUCAUUGCCCAGUACAGAGGGACAAUCUCUGCUCUGGUCCUGCUGGCCACACUGUUUCUGAUGCAGGCCAGGAUGCCAUUGGCUUUCUUGGCCGCCUGGGCACACUGCUGGCUCAUGUUCAGCCACUAUUGACCAGCACCCCAAAGUCCUUUUCCACUGGGCAGCUUUCCAGCCACUCUACUCCCAGCCUGUAGCACUGACUGGGGCUGUUGUGACCCAAGUGCACGGCCUGACACUUUGGCAUGUUGAACCUCAUACCACUGGCCUUGGCCCAUGGAUGCAGCCUGUCCAGAUCCCUCUGCAGAGCCUUCCUGCCCUCCAGCAGAUCAACACUCCCACCCAACUUGGUGUUGUCUGGGAACUGACUGAGGGUGCACUCAAUCCCCUCAUCUAAGUCAUUGAUAAAGAUAUUAAACAGGACUGGCCCCAGCUGAGCCCUGGGGAACACCACUUGUGACUGGCCAUUCAGCAUUCAUGUCAUUCAAAGAUAAACAUUUGCCCAUGCUGUGGCAGAAAGCCUAUCUUGUAGUAGCAAGUGCUGAUGGAAACUCCAAACUUCUCACAAACACUGAAUAAUCAAAAUUAUUUCUGUAGGAGUCCAAGGGGUUAAAUAGAAUUGCUUAUUCUGUCAGUGUAAUGCAUGUUGCUUCAUUGUAUGCUUAGCAAUUGGGUCGUAAAUGUUGUAUUUGAGAGGCAACUUUCCAUAUCUUCAGACUCCUUGUCCUCUGAAUUCACAAAGAAAAUCUUACAGUUUUGUUGUGUAGGUGUAGCUCCCUCCUUGCUUCAGGAGAACCAGAAAAGUAAGGGAUUAACAGCCUGCUUUACAGUCCCGACGAUGUAAAUGCUUCACAGUCUACAAGGCUUUCUUCUUGAAUGUGGUAUAGAAUGUGAGAUUCUUGCUCAACAGGAGCUGGAUUUUUUAGUUUGUAGUUCUGUUGUAUUAGUGAGGCUUUAUUUUAGUGUAAUUUCAUUCUUACAGGUGAAUACUUAGAUGUAUUUUUCUCCAUAAAUAACUCUCAUAAUUUCAUCAUAUUGUUAGCAUAAAAUAUAAUACACUCUUUAUUGGCUUCUCAUAAAACCCUGAAUAUAUUUUUUCUUGCCAAAACUAGUGAGGCCCUUUUUAUUAGUCCAAAGUAUCUUUGGCAUUCCCUUCUUAGGCACACACUUAAGUCUCUGAGCCAGAUCUAAUCUCUCUUAAAUCAGUAUAAAUGGAGAAUAACUCCAUUGUUAGUGGAAUUUAAUCUGCAUUGUUGUUUUCAAAAGGGAUUGGGACUUCUCAUUGGUUUGUGUUUCUUAAAUAUCAAUAUCAAUCUAUCUGAUCUGAUGAUUUUUUUAGCUGUUUAUUGCCAAGGAAACAGCAGAGGACCAGAAAGAAAGCAAACAAGUGAAAACAAAUCAGAAAAGCAAUAAAAUCCAAACCAAAAGAACUGAGCCUGUUUGGAAAGUUAAUUGUCAAUUAUCUACCUUCUGGUAUUUUUAGAAUGUAACAUGCUGUGCUGUACUUUCAUCCCUUGUUGGAGGGACCAAGGAGAAAGGGAGUGAGAUUGUUGGAAGAGCUGGUUCUUGCUCUGACAAGUCCUAAGCUGCGGGUCAGAAAGGCUCAAACCUGCUGUGAAGCCAAGAGAGACUGUGUAUGCUGUCUUAAUGUUAGCAAUUUGUAAGAAUUCCAUGU